CUUUCCAAAUGAAUCCGCAGCCCGACGAUGCAGCCCAGCUGAACACAUUAGCCUUCACUGCCUGGUCGCACCCCUUCUUCCGUCCUAAUGGCAACUGCUCGGGGAAGCCGGUAGGGGUUGGAAUGCUGGCCUGCUGUAGCUGUGGACCAACAUCUCACAGAUUUGGUCAUGUUCCCCGGUGUGGUGUCAACUUCAGCAGGAGCCCGGGGAGAGGCGAAUGAUAGGCAUCCUGAGGCUCAUCCGAAUGCAGACCGACCACUUCUACCUCGGCGCCGCCCUCUAGGAUUUCAGGGUUGACAGUCACAUCUGCUUGCUCCGCAGAGGGGGAAACCACCUUGACUCCUGGUUACAACCCCUCGGGAACUGUCCUCAGCUCGGCGCGGUGAACCUGAUGAGCUGGUCCAUCUCUACCUACAGGGGCUACAGUGUACACUGUUCCAGGUCUUUGCACCACCUGAAACAAGGUUCCAGAGGUCUUGGAUCUUGUUGCGCCCCGGUACAUGGUUACGCAAGUAUACCAUCUGGCCUGCCUCCAGUCCAGGAUUGUCAAUGUGUCUCUGAUUCCACCGGUUUGCCAGUUCUACUGAUCUAUACCGGACAUGAUCCUGAGUCAUCCUCACACUCCGUUCAAGUCCCUGGCCAUGGAGAUACUAAUGAGGAAAUGGCUGUCUGCUCAAGAAGCAAAGCAGGCCGGCCUCGUAAGCAGCGUGUUCCCCGUAGACCACCUGGUGACAGAUACUAUCAGGUGUGGGGAGAGGAUAGCUUCCAAUUCAAAGAUAAUCACUGCGAUGGCUAAGGAGGCCAUCAAUGCAGCCUUUGAGCUACUGCUGGCUGAGGGGAACCGCCUGGAGAAAAGGCUGUUUCAUGCCACCUUCGCCACGGAGGAUCGGAAGGAAGGAAUGACCGCAUUCGUGGAGAAGAGGAAGGUGUCGUUCCAGGGCAAAUAAGUAAGAAAUCCUGGCUGAACUAUGACUAUUAAAGAUGUCAUUUUUGAAUAAAAUACUAUAUUAUCGUAUUGUAAUAUUGUUUUGCUGUAAUUUUACUGGAAAUCGCAUUGCAUGCUGGUAUUUCAGUAAGUGCCCAUAGUAACUACUGUAAAUCCAUUAACAGACGCAGUGACCAUGGAGAAGAGCAGAGGCGCAGGACGGGAACGUUGGAGACAAUAUUCAGAAAGUUCAUGCUACAUUAAUCACUUGCUUCAUUUCUUACGUAACACGUGCAGAACUUUUGAUUUUGAAUUAUUUAGAAGUAGUAACAUUAGGAGUAUAUCUAACUUGUAGGUGCAUUAGCUUAACUUGUUAUCUCUAAUUGUCCUAAGCGUUUGAGCCCAACCACGUUCUAUAUUUCGAACCUAAACACGUAAAAUGAUACAGCUAGCGAUGACGACGUUUUGCUUCGAAAGUCACGUGGU